UCUUUGAACCCGCUCUCACCUCUUGCUCUCUCAUCCCUGCUCUCACUCCCUUCGCAUCUGAAUAAAAUGAACCGAAAAAAGAAAAUUUAUGAAAAGCGUAUACAAACGGUGGACCAGCGAAGGCGGCGGUGAGUAUGAAGCCGGCAGUGGUUCAGUGACGAAGAUGAAGGAACAGCCGUUGUGAGGGCGGCUGGGUGCCUCUCUCUCUCCCCUUGCUAUCGCCAUACACCCCAGCCAUCUUGUGCACCUUCGUCUUCACCUUCCCCUUCACGAUGGUGCGACCCUCAGUGCCGUUUCUGGCUGUGCAUCGCGCGCCGUCGUCACAUUGGGCGAUUCUUCCGCUAUGGAUGUCGUCGUCUUCUUCAACUGAUUUUGGGUGAUUCAGAUAGGUUGGUUCCUAAAUCAGCAUGAAUGGGGGAUCUUUGGGCGGCGGGAAGCUGCAGCGGGAAUGUAAUUUUGAUUUGAAUGUCGAGGUGUGUGAAGAUGUCAAGGAAACCUGCAUCAAUGUUGCCAAUGGAAAUGGUAUUUAUGAGGCAAAUGUCAUAUCGGGUAAGAUGGGUCAGCUCCAAGGAGACAUGACAAAUCUUAAUCAGAGAUCUAUGGAAGUUGAUGAUGUUCGUAGUGAUUUGAAUGAGGUUUUCAAAGAUUCCACACCAGAGGAUGUUCCUGUAAUUGUAAUAUCUGGUCAUGAACAGUUCAAAAUUUUUCAGGCAAAGUUGCAAUUACCCUCUUCUUCCGAAAAUUUAAAUUCAGAUGAUGUUCCUGUUCUUGAAGUCUUUUUUAUUUAUGCUUGUUUAAGGUCAUUCAGUACUUUAUUAUUUUUGAGUCCAUUUGAGUUGGAGGAUCUUAUAGCUGCUUUGAAGUCCAAAACCCCAAGUAUAUUAUUUGAUAGCAUUCAUGUUUCUAUUUUGAAAACUCUGAAAAAACAUUUGGAAUACCUUUCCAAUGAGGGUAUUCAAUUUGCAUCUAAUUAUCUGAGGAAUCUUAAUUGGAAUUUUCUGGACAUUUUCACAUGA